ACCAGCUGAAUCUGGCCCACACAUAAGGUAACAGUAAAGACGACUUCAAUUCUUUGCUCCUGACUAGCUGAGGCAGACUUGACCCAAGCUAAAAACAAAAUUCAUAAUCACUACUCAAUCAUUUUUGAAAUAAAUAAACAAUCAACUAUUCCAUCGACUUUUCACUGACAAAAAAAAAAAGAAAAACAAACAAAAUUAAAUAAAUUUUGAAAAAAAUGUCAAAAAUUCGAGCAAUUUACAAAAAAUUCUGCGGAAAUUUCUUUGAUGAAGAAAUUUUGUCAGCAAAAGCCUUAUUAGCUCAAAUUGCAAUCCAAGCUUUCUUCUAUCGAUCGAAAGAAGUAACACAGUGGAACAAAUGCUUGAAAAGUGAAUCUUAUAAAAAAGAUGAAACAAAAACCAGUGGAGCUUGGUAUCCCGAUCCAGAAUUCAUGUCUCAAAGCGCUGGAGCAGUCUUCUAUCCCGAUGAAAAUACAAAACCUUGCAAACGAACUCCCUACAAUGGUCAAAAGUCUCCGGAAAUAGUCAAAAGCGUUCGAAAUACUUUUAUCAAUUUUGGUCCGACCCAUCCAGCGGCACAUGGUGUUCUGAGAUUGCUUUUGGAGCUUGAUGGUGAAAUGAUAAAAAGUGCUGAUCCACAUAUUGGACUUCUUCAUAGAGGAACUGAAAAACUUAUUGAGCACAAGACUUAUUUACAGGCUUUGCCAUAUUUUGACCGUUUAGACUACACUUCGUGUAUGUCAUGUGAAAAUUGUUUCUCACUGGCUGUGGAGAAAUUGCUAAAUAUCGAUGUUCCACCAAGGGCAAAGUUUAUUAGAACCAUGUUUGGUGAAAUAAUGAGACUAACAAAUCACAUUGUUGCAGUUUCCACACAGGUACUAGAUUGUGGUGGUAUACUAACUCCACUCUUUUGGCAAUUUGAAGAACGUGAGAAACUUUAUGAAUUUUGUGAAAGAGUAAGUGGCGGUCGAAUGCAUAGUGCAUAUAUUCGACCUGGAGGAGUUGCAUCCGACAUUCCAAUUGGACUAAUGGAUGACCUUUAUGAGUUUUGUAUUAAAUAUCCUGAAAGAUUGGAUGAAUUCGAAGAUCUUGUGACAACAAAUCGAAUAUUUUUAGCUAGAACAGUUGAUGUUGGUAAAAUUUCAGCUCAAGAUGCCAUCAAUUUAGGAUGUUCGGGAGCUGUUCUUCGAGCAACUGGUGUCAAAUGGGAUCUUCGUAAGACUCAACCGUAUGAUGCAUAUGAUCAAAUUGAUUUUGAUGUUCCAAUAGGAACUAAUGGUGAUUGUUAUGAUCGUUAUCUAUGUCGUUUGGAAGAAAUGCGUCAAUCUAUCAAUAUCAUAAAUCAGUGUUUGAACAAAAUGCCUGAAGGUAAUAUCAAAGUCGAUGACCAUAAGAUCUCACCACCCAAACGUGGUGAAAUGAAAACUUCAAUGGAAAGCCUAAUUCAUCAUUUCAAGUACUUUAGUUCGGGAUUUCCUGUCCCACCUGGUCAAACCUACACAGCUAUUGAGUCUCCAAGAGGUGAAUUUGGAGUUUAUAUCGUCUCGGAUGGUACUUCCCGUCCAUAUAGAUGCAAAAUUCGUGCUGCCAGCUAUCCCCAUUUGGCUUUGUUGUCGGAGUUAUCAAAAAAUCAUUUCCUUGCAGAUAUCCCUGCUAUCUUGGGUUCAUUGGAUAUAGUAUUUGGAGAAAUAGACCGUUAAUUGUUAUAAAUUAACAUUAUAAUAUGAAUGUUGUGUCAUUAAUAAAUAUUGUCUAAGCUUUAAUUUAA